UCUCCAUUCUCAUCAUCAUCAUCAAUCAAUCAUCACCAUAUCUCUAAAAUGGAGAAUGGAUGUAAAUGGGAUCAAAAUGCUCUUAUGACUGAGCUCAAACAAGGAAUGGAGUUAACCAAACAGCUUAUUAAUGAUAUACAUCCAAAUGUCUCUAUCCCUUCUCCUCUUCCUCCUCAACACUUCCAACUCCUUCUUCAAAAGAUACUUUCUUCUUACCAAAACUCCUUACUUAUCCUACAACCUCAAACAGUGCCCGUGGUAGUCGUCGAAUCCUUCUCUUCUCCCCAUCAUGUCGAUGAUGCCGAAUUCAGCCCCUAUUCAACCUCCAAAAAAAGGAAGGUGUCAUCUUCUUCGUCAUCAGCAAGGACAAAGCAAGUGAGAAUUCGAUCGGAGAAUGGACUCGAGAGCCCUAGUGAAGAUGGAUAUAGUUGGAGAAAGUAUGGUCAAAAGGACAUUCUUGCCGCCAAAUAUCCAAGAAGUUACUAUAGAUGCACUUACCGAAAUGUUCAAGGCUGCUGCGCGACUAAACAAGUGCAGAGAUCGGACGAAGACCCUUCUUUGUUUGAGAUUACUUAUAAAGGAAAUCAUACCUGCAAUUUGCACAGAUCUCUUCCAGAUUCUCAAAUGCAGGAAAAUCAACAACAAAUCAACAAUGAAACGCUCUCGAAUUUAAGAAACAGCUUAAGAGUUGAUACCCAUAAUAAUAACGAACAGACGAUGGCGGCUCACUUCUCUUUUCCUUGUACUGCGUUUGAUCCAUUCUCCACCCUCUUUGCUGACGACGACAAUUUACUAGCUGGGUUUUCUUCGUCGGAUUACUCAAACAACAACUAUCUACCGAAUAAUUCAUGUGAAAGGAAUGGAUUCGGAGGGUUUAAUGAUCUUUCAGAGAUAAUUUCAGCCAACACUUCAGUUACCAAUUCGCCAGUUGUAGGCUACAACCUGGAUUUCUCUAUUCUGGAUUCAGCUAAUAAUUGUAAUUGGUAUUAGAAAUCAAUUAUAUUACCUUGAAUUGAGGUUUUUCUUCUUUCAAAAGUAAGC